AUGCUUGUGCACAGCUACCCGGGCAUGGACCGCGCUGAGGGGCUGCCCGGGGCACCGGCCGGUGCCCGCCUGCCGCAGCUGCCCUCGCUCAACCAGGCGCCCUACGGCUCGGCUCCGCCGCUCUGCCACACGCCCGCCGCCGACUUCCAGCCGCCCUACUUCCCCCCGCCGUACCCGCAGCCGCCGCUGCCCUACCCGCAGGGCCAGGAACCCGCUUACCCUCACCUGGCGGACCCGUACGCGGCGCUCAGCCCCCUGCACCAGCACCAGCAGCCGGCCUGGCCCCCGCAGCGCGGCCGGCAGGACGAGCCGGGGCUGCUCUCGCAGACCCACCGCGCCCUGGGGCUCGACCCUCGCCGCGACUACCCCGCCGUGCCCCGCCUGCUCCACGGGCUGCCCGACGGCGGCCACGGCCUCGCCGACGGCCCGCUGGGCCUCCACGGGCUCGGCCACCACGGCCUCGAGGACAUCCAGGCCGUGGACGACGGCGGGAUGAACCUGCUCGAUCAGUCCGUGAUCAAGAAAGUGCCCAUCCCCUCGAAGGCCAACGGCACCACCAUCUCCACCCUGUCCAUGAACAAGGACGGUCUGAUCGGAGGGGUCACGAAUCCCAACGAGGUUUUCUGCUCCGUGCCCGGCCGCCUCUCCCUCCUCAGCUCCACCUCCAAGUACAAGGUGACGGUCGGGGAGGUGCAGAGGAGGCUCUCACCCCCCGAGUGUCUCAACGCCUCUCUCCUCGGUGGGGUCCUCCGCAGAGCCAAAUCAAAAAAUGGGGGUCGGUGUUUAAGGGAAAGAUUAGAGAAAAUUGGACUAAAUCUACCUGCAGGAAGGCGUAAAGCUGCCAACGUCACCCUGCUCACAUCCCUCGUGGAAGGUGAAGCCAUUCACCUGGCUCGGGAUUUCGGCUACGUCUGCGAGACCGAGUUCCCGGCCAAGGCGGCGGCAGAGUACCUGUGCCGGCAGCACUCCGACCCCACGGAGCUCCACACCAGGAAAAACAUGCUGCUGGCUACCAAGCAAAUUUGCAAGGAGUUUGCAGACCUGAUAGCCCAGGAUCGCUCUCCGCUGGGGAACAGCCGCCCCUCGCUCAUCCUGGAGCCCGGAGUGCAGAGCUGUUUGACUCAUUUCAGCCUGAUAACCCACGGCUUCGGGGGCCCGGCCAUCUGCGCCGCCCUCACCGCCUUCCAGAACUACCUGGUGGAGUCCCUCAAGGGGCUGGAUAAAAUAUUCAUGAACAGCACAGGGAACGGGCACACGGCUGGGGACUCCAAAGCGUCAGACAAAGAGGUGAAGCAUCGGAAAUAACAGCGUGGCUCCAGGGGGAAAGGUGACCCACAGCACUGUUUUCUGAACUGCUGAGCUUGAACGUGUGGGGAAACCCGUAAAGCAAAGAAAAGACAGGAAAAAAGAAGACUUAAAGACUUUAAGAAGGAAACAGUGCUAAUGAACGUAGUGACAUUGAGAGAAGCCAGGCUGAUGGCUUUGGGGUUUUGCCUUUUUUUUUUUUUUUUUUUUUGUUACGUGGAUGCAGGAAGCCAAGUCAUGUGCAAUUUGAUUUUAUUUUGCUUUUUUAAAAAACCAUAGUGAAAUCCUGAUGUGCUCCAGGAAUUUGUUCCAACUGAAAAACUGAGAGGAAAGAGUAGAAGCCUCGUCAGUGCAAGACCCAGAGCAGGAGCAGCCGAGGGCAGGGGGAUGGAGCCCUGGCUCUACCUGGAUUUAUCCGCUGGUUUUGAGGCAAACACCCAGGAAAUCUUCCCAUUUCCCCACCCACAGCCCAGCCCCGACACCAGGCCAAGGAAACUGCUGGCAGAACUGCUGUGGAUUUAAAGCAGGUCCAGGCUUUGUUUACAGCUUCAAACUGAGACUCACUGUGGAUUUUCCUGUGGGCUGAGGAGCCCCAAGCCAUGGCACGAGGGAGGAACAACCACACAGCCAACGGGUCCCAGGGCAGGAUCUGGGGGAGUCCCCCUGACUGCUGCCCUCCUGGCUGGGGAUAAGGCAGGUGAAGUUAAACCCAGGACUAAAUAAAACUCCACAACCCACAGAUAACAGCACACAAGUUUCUAAAAUUAGUAAUAAUAAUAAAUAAAGCACAAGGAGCAGAACUUGAACCAGGCCAAACGGAACUCUUCUAAAUCUGUAUAUAUUUAUUUAUGUGUAAUUAAAACCUGAAAGUUUUAAAAUGUCCAGUGCAAGUUAUUUAUAUCAAAUUGAGUUGGGUUUUUUGUUUUGCCUUUUUUUUGUUUGUUUGUUUGACUGUUUGUUUUGGGUUGGGUUUUUUUUCUUUUGAAAGAUGAAAAUCUUUGGAUUUUCUGUCAUUAGAAAUGGGAAUGAAGUCUUGGAUCCACCAAACUGUAGCAUGGACAAGCUAGGCUGUGAUGGUGAUGACUCUAGAAGUUCUGCAAGAUUUUGUACUUGCUGUUGUUUCUCUUAAUGCUGCAAUAGAUGUACAACACCCACACUACAAUGUCAUUCUCAUUCUCUUAAUAAACCUCUUUUUAUUUGAAGAAAGCACCUCCAUCG